AUGAACAAUUUUUCUGUAAUUUGUGCUUUGAUUGAAGAGGAGGAAGAAGAAGAAUUUUUACUGCUUCUGAAUAGACAAAGAAACUCUCCAAGGAACAUGUUUUUACAACGUAGGAGUGAAGGUUGUUACGAAACCUUUAUAAAAAGGUAUUUAAUUGAUUAUGAAGAAAAAUUCAUGGGUUACUUUCGGGUUUCAAGGGAGAUCUUUAUCAAGAUUUUAAUGGCCAUAAAAGAUGAUAUUAGUGACACACAGCCUAGAACCAGAAAACGGAAUUUUGCUAUUACGGCACAAGAAAAUCUUUUCUUAACGUUAAGGUAUUUGGCGACUGGAGAAAGCUUUAGAUCUUUAAGUUUUCAAUUCCAAAUUAGCCAUAAUUGGAUAUGCAGAAUUGUGCCUACAGUCUUACAAAGUAUAUGCUUGAGACUUUUAAACGUUGCACUUCCUGAACCCACCGAGGAAGAUUUUAAAAGAAUAGCCGAAGAAUAUUGCUUUUUAUGGAAUUUUCCUAAUUGUAUAUAUAGAUAUAUUGUAGAAUAG